AUCAUUUCAGUAAAUCAAGGCAUUCAUCCAUAUCCUAAGCCUGCGAGGGGAACGGUUCAACGACACCAGCAUCAGCCUAACUAAAUAUAUCAGAAACGCAAGCAUCUUGCGCGGUGCUGGAGAAUGAGACGCAGCUAUAAUGGGUGUAUAUAACAAAAAAGGAACUAUCAGAAACUUAACCGUUAAUCUUUUUUGAUUUUUGCUGCUGGUUGUAGACGUCAUUGGAGAAUUGGCAUCGUGCAGGAUUUCUAUGCGGUUCUAGUCGUCUCUACUUGUGGAUAUAUAGCAGAGAACAUUCUGUGGGAUUGAAUCACAGCAGCUUCAACCAUGUCUGGCGCCUCGGUGAAAGUGGCUGUCAGAGUUCGGCCCUUCAACUCAAGAGAGACCAGCAAAGAAUCAAAAUGCAUUAUACAGAUGCAAGGGAACUCCACCACUAUUUUGAACCCAAAGAACCCCAAGGAACCACCCAAAUCUUUCAGCUUUGACUACUCCUACUGGUCUCACACCUCACCGGACGACCCUUGCUUUGCGUCACAGAGCCUUGUGUUCAAUGACAUUGGGAAGGAAAUGUUGCAGCAUGCUUUUGAGGGAUAUAAUGUCUGUAUUUUCGCCUACGGCCAGACCGGAGCUGGCAAGUCCUACACCAUGAUGGGAAAACAAGAGGAAGGACAGGAAGGCAUUAUUCCUCUGCUCUGUGAAGAUCUCUUUGAGAAAAUCAAUGACAAUAGCAAUGAGGAGAUCUCGUACUCCGUGGAGGUGGCUUAUAUGGAGAUAUACUGCGAGCGGGUGAGAGACCUGCUCAACCCUAAAAAUAAAGGGAACCUGCGUGUCAGGGAACAUCCUCUACUCGGGCCAUAUGUUGAAGACCUCUCGAAACUGGCCGUCAUGUCUUACACAGACAUAGCUGACCUCAUGGAUGCUGGGAACAAAGCCAGAACUGUUGCUGCCACCAACAUGAAUGAGACGAGCAGCCGCUCUCACGCAGUCUUCACUAUUGUUUUCACGCAGAGGAAGUAUGACAGCGAGACGGACCUGUCCACAGAGAAGGUCAGCAAAAUCAGCCUGGUGGAUCUGGCAGGAAGUGAGCGUGCUGACUCAACAGGGGCCAAAGGAACCAGACUGAAGGAGGGAGCAAACAUCAAUAAAUCUCUAACUACACUAGGAAAGGUUAUUUCAGCGCUGGCUGAGGUGGAUAACUGUACCAGUAAGAGCAAGAAGAAAAAGAAGACCGAUUUCAUUCCUUACCGAGACUCCGUGUUGACAUGGCUGCUCAGAGAGAAUUUAGGAGGGAACUCAAGGACAGCUAUGGUGGCUGCCCUGAGUCCUGCUGACAUUAACUAUGAUGAAACUCUCAGCACACUCAGAUAUGCAGACAGAGCCAAGCAAAUCAAGUGCAAUGCUGUCAUCAACGAGGACCCCAACAACAGAUUGGUGCGGGAGCUGAAGGACGAGGUGACGCGUCUAAAGGAGCUGCUCCGUGCCCAGGGCCUUGGGGACAUUCUGGACAACCUGAAAGAUAUACACAACAAUAAGCAUAGACACUUGCUUGCCUCAGAGAACCAACAGCCUGGCCAUUUCUCCACAGCACCCAUGGGCUGCCUGACAGCCUCUCCGUCCUCAGGCUCUCUGUGCAGCCAGGCAGGGCUCCAGUCCGUCUCAAGCAUCCAGGAGCGCAUCAUGUCCACGCCGGGCGGAGAAGAGGCCAUCGAGAGGCUGAAGGAAUCGGAGAAGAUCAUAGCCGAGCUGAAUGAGACCUGGGAGGAGAAGCUGAGGAAGACUGAGGCCAUCCGUAUGGAGAGAGAGGCGCUGCUGGCAGAGAUGGGAGUGGCCAUACGGGAGGACGGGGGGACCCUGGGUGUCUUCUCUCCUAAAAAGACCCCUCACCUGGUGAACCUGAAUGAGGAUCCUUUGAUGUCAGAAUGUCUGCUUUAUUAUAUCAAAGAUGGAAUAACAAGGGUGGGUCAGGCAGAUGCAGAAAGAAGACAGGAUAUCGUUCUAAGUGGAGCGCACAUCAGAGAGGAGCACUGUAUCUUCCGCAGUGAGAGGAAUGCCAAUGGAAAUGUGAUUGUCCAUGUUGGAGCCAUGUGAGGGAUCUGAAACGUACGUGAAUGGAAAACGUGUGAAUUCUGCAGUCCAGCUGCGCUCAGGUGACUCACUGACAUCUGCCUGCACAUUUUACUUCUACAGGUUUUAAGCUCU